UUCUCAUUAAAUACCAGUGUUGCAAGAAGUCUAUAUUCUUCAAGAUGAAGCCAGCUAUCAGCCUUGCUUUAAUAAUCACUGUUGUUACCUCAAUUCAGGCCAUGAAGCUAAACUUCACGGACUGUGGCUCAUAUCUUGGAGAAAUCCAUUCUCUUGAAGUGAAUCCAUGUACAAGUGACCCGUGCGUUCUCAAACGAGGGGACAACAUGACAUCAGUCAUCUCAUUCACACCACACGAACAAGUCAGUGCAGCUAAAAUCGAUAUAAAUGCGAUCAUUGCUGGUUCUCCUAUACAUGUACACAUUCCCAACCCAAACGCAUGCGAUGGCCAUGGGCUAAAGUGCCCUUUGGAAAAAGGAAAGAAAGUGGAACUUGUCGUAUCGCAAGUGAUUAGGAGAUCCGCUCCCCCUGGAAGGUAUAGAAUUAGAACGGAGCUUAAAGAACAGUACGGCAUUGAUGUCUUUUGCGAUGAAAUCCGUAUUCAUUUGACAUGAACAACCAGGUUGACAUUUAUUGAAUCAAAUUGAAAGACUUCGUGAAUUUGAUUUUGAAACUUUUGAUUGGUGUGGAAAUUGAGUGUACUGUUACGAGAUUCGAGAUUAAAUCGAAAAUUAGCGUUAUAUUUUUAUAAUUAAGUCAAUGACGUAGCUCUCUGGAUAUUCCGUAAUUUUAUUAAAAUAGUAAAAUAAGCCUAAAAAAUAGACAUGAAUAAAUGAUAUGAAAAUAA